CGCAGGCUCGGUGGGCCGCCGGGACGGAGCGAGCCAGCGGUCCAGGGAGAGAACUGCUGACCGGUCACCGGCUGUGGGCACGAUGAGACCCGGAGAGGAGCGGCCGGUGGAAGGGGGUGCCUGCGCCAGCGUCUCCGAUCUGGAGCUGCUGAAGCUGCGCGCUGCGGAGUGCAUCGACGCGGCGGCCGAGCGCCUGGGGGCCCUGAGCCGCGCCAUCUGGAGCGAGCCCGAGCUGGCCUACGAAGAGCAUCAGGCCCACGGCGUGCUGACGCGCUUCUUCCAGAGCGAGACCCCGGCCGGGUCGUGGGCGGUGCAGCCGCACUACCAGCUGGCCACGGCCUUCCGCGCCGAGUGGGGGUCGCCGGGGGGCUGGGCGGCGCCGCGCCCGCUGCACCUGGGCUUUCUCUGCGAGUAUGACGCGCUGCCCGGCAUCGGGCACGCCUGCGGCCACAACCUGAUCGCCGAGGUCGGGGCGGCGGCCGCCCUGGGCGUCAAGGGGGCCCUGGAGAGCCUCGCCGGACUGCCUCUGCCGGUGAAGGUGAUUGUCCUGGGAACCCCUGCAGAAGAAGAUGGUGGUGGCAAAAUUGAUUUAAUUGAAGCCGGGGCUUUCAAAAAUCUUGAUGUUGUUUUUAUGGCCCAUCCAUCUCAAGAGAAUGCCGCUUAUCUACCUGACGUUGCUGAACAUGAUGUGACUGUGAAGUACUACGGUAAGGCGUCUCACGCUGCUGCUUAUCCCUGGGAAGGGCUGAAUGCAUUAGAUGCUGCCGUCCUCGCUUACAACAAUCUGUCUGUGUUAAGACAGCAACUGAAGCCCGCCUGGAGAGUUCAUGGUAUAAUAAAAAAUGGUGGUGUAAAACCCAAUAUCAUUCCCUCUUACUCUGAGUUAAUCUAUUACUUCCGUGCACCCUCAAUGAAAGAGCUUCCAGUUUUGACCAAAAAGGCAGAAGACUGCUUCAGAGCUGCAGCUUUGGCCACUGGCUGCACAGUGGAAAUUGACGGUGGAGCACAUGAUUAUUACAAUGUUCUUCCCAAUAAGAGUCUGUGGAAAGCUUAUGUUGAAAACGGAAAACAGCUAGGAAUAGACUUCAUUUCAGAAGAUGCUAUGUUCAGUGGCCCUUCAGGAUCUACCGAUUUUGGGAAUGUUUCUUUUGUGGUUCCCGGGAUUCAUCCGUAUUUUUACAUUGGAUCUAAUGCCUUGAAUCAUACAGAACAGUACACUGAAGCUGCAGGAUCACAGGAGGCUCAGUUCUACACUUUGAGAACAGCCAAAGCUCUGGCAAUGACUGCACUGGAUGUUAUCUUUAAACCAGAGUUGCUGGAAAGAAUCAGAGAGGACUUCAGACUGAAACUUCAAGAGGAAGAGUUUUAAAUGCAGUAGGAUAAAAGGAGGGUUUAGGAGCUACUUACAGAUCAUUCAGAAGAAGUGAUGAUUUUUUUCCUGUAAUCUUUUUUAAUGAGCGAGGAGGGCAUGGCUUGUUUUUCAGUCUUAAAGUUUGAGUCAAAUUCCUCUUACCUGAAAAGUGAGGACACAAUGUGGAAAAAACAUAUUACCUCACCUCAUAUCUAGAGUGAAAGUUUCGCAAAUCUGUGGCUGAUGAAAUUGUGACCUUUCAGAGCUGGCAUUUCAUAAACAACCUGGAUGACACAUGGUUUAUCGGUGAUAAUAUUUUAUAAAGCCAUAUGUUGUGUGAGUGUAUUUUAAAAGAUCCAAGAGAUUUCAGGCCUUAUAUUCAUAAUGGGCACAUGAAAGAUGUUUUUGGUGUUGGUAACACUGUUCUAUAAAGUUGUUUAAAAAUUCCCAUUCUAAAUUUAGGGAAGAUUCAUUUGGAAUAUCUGUAUCUGUUUUGGUCUAGAGACUCUCUUCAUUGAUAAUAAAAGUAGGCUUUUAAUCAGAAAUGCUGUGGGAAAUAACUAGAAACUCAGGUGCAAAGAAUGAGCUUAAGUUACCGUUUGAAAGAAAAUGAAAAUGUUCUUUUUUGUAUAUAACUUACUCUGAGAAGUGGCAUUGAAGUGCUAUUUCUCAUUCCAUAUUAUUGUAAUAGGGAAAAUGGUAGCUGGAUAGGAUUAGACUCUUCCUGUAAGGUUUUGGCUUGGUGGCCCCAUGUGCCCUAGGGGAAUAUGGUGAGAGGAGUCAUGUCUGCUUACCUUGAAUGUUAAUGUCAUGGAACUGGUCCCCUCUACCUCGCAGCCCUGUUCAGGCUUCUCCUCAGAAGCUAGCCUGUCCAGCCUGAGUAAACUCAGUAGUUUAUUAAAUUUAGGCGACAGAAUUCUAAGCCUCCUUAAGCCCCAUGCUAGUAUAAACUAAGAAGUAUUAUAUUAGUUUUUCCUGGUGUGACUUUCUUUAUCAUGAUAAAAGAAUGUGAAAAGUAUCCAGUAAAACAAAUACAUUAAGCUGUGAAUAUAGUAAAGGUCAGGGAGUCCUCAAAUUUGAGCCAUAAGCAUUCCAAAAAUGGAAGGGGGAAGGAGAGCAAAGUGAGCAUUUGGUCUCAGCUGUAAGCAAGUCAACUUGUAUGCUCUGAGACUUCCGCUUCUCUUUCGGAAAGUUAGAUUUGAUCCCUUAUCCUUAUAGUCUUUUAAACCUCUAUUUCCUCUUUUAUCUGAAGUUAUUUAAAGUUAAAAGAGAGGGGAAUUUGAGAGGAGAGUUAGUAUUUAAGAAUUGCUUUCCUUCUGUAUCUGCCGUCUGCAGACUGGCCUGAUUUGGCAAGCAGCCUGAUUGUUUAUGGCUAGCAUGCUGAAAAUGAGCUGUUCUUUUUUAAAGGGCUCAGGAAGAAAGAGCAUCAGAGAGCAAAUUGUGUGACCUGCAACACCUAAAAUAUUUACUGUCCGCCCCUUUGUAAGAUAAAAGUUUGCCUGUCCAUCCUGUAUAACAUAAAAACUGGCUCUCUUUGACUUACAUCGUAUAAUCAGAUCUUAUCCUGGAAGAAAACUUCAAGCCUCUGAAUUGAAAACACUGAGAAAGGGACUUAGCAGUGCCCAUAACACAUCAGUGGUCUGUCCUCACUGGGGGUUCUGGCUCUUUUGAAGUUUGCUUUCUUUUUUUUUUUCAUUUAUUUUUAUUAGUUGGAGGCUGUUUGCUUUCUUUAGUAUCCAGCCUUAAGGCUGUCCCCUGUGCUGGCCACUCUUCUUACUCUGUAUCAGCUUUGAGAACUUGGUCCUCCAUGACAUUCUUUGUCUCAUUUUUAAAAAUUAGAGUAGAUCUCUGGGUCCAGAAGACCCCCUGGAGAAGGGAAUGGCUACCCACUCCAGUAUUCUUGCCUGGAGAAUUCCAUUUCCCCCUAGAUCUCACCCUGACAUUUUAUGUUAAGUUAUUUAAUAUAAUUCAGACUUUAUUCUUUCUAAUUCAGACUUUUAAAAUCCCCUCUUCAUUUUUAUUUACUAGUGAGCUAACUGAGCCAUAUUACAUUAAAGCGUGUAAAUAAAUAA